CAGAGCUUAAUCCUUUUGAUAUCUAAGAUAUCUGGAAUAAGUGAAUUUUCCUCUGGAGAGGAGUGUGGAAGCCGCAAUGCUAAAGUCAUAAAUUCACGCUAAAAAGCGUGAUCCCUUAUUACGCACCCUAGCAUCCAUUAUGGAAGUUCACCAAGAUAGUACCGCUGUUGCAGAACAGCCAGCUAAUGUAGAGAAGAAGAAGAGCAGAAGAGGAUUCAAGUCUAGACAAAAGGCUGCCGAAAAAUUCAGGACCCACAAGAAUGAGACCAAAGGAGCCGAGUUCAUCAAGAACCGAAUCAACUCCAUGAGAUCAGCUUUUGGAUUCAUCCCUGAUGAGUUGUUUGGCCCUAUGACUGCAUCAUUGCAAGUUGUCAAGCCCGUUCAGGAAGUCGAAAUUUCAACACAUAAACUUCCUGAAGUUGCCGCCAAGACUGUUGAGACGCUCGUUAACGCCUGUAAAGUACCCACCACUAAUAUAUUACAAGACAUCGAAACAGUGCUGUUAGCAGCUAGUCUCCAGCUCGAAGCUAAGCUACUUCGGACCCUGCAUUAGAUAUACGUGUUGAGAGAACAUGUAAUAAUCUACAACAGUCGAUUCUCCCGGUUGCUGUUUAUCUGGACCAGAUUGGUAGAGUAGAGGUCGAUCAACAGACCUUUGUGCCCAGAGAAGGUCAGAGCGAGGAAGGAGAGCUAUUAAGCUUUCCAUACGGAAAGCUUCCCGACGCCAACUUGUUCAAUCGCGAUCGGUUUAGAUUCAUUUCAGAAACCUUAUUGACCGCAGAUGGUAUCGAGUACCAUCCCGCAGGGACG